AUGGCCUUUCACUGGGAUAAGCUCUCACCGGCGGAAUUUCAACAGCUCCAGGAUUUAGCAGCUUAUUCCUCGCGAAAGCUACAGGAUGUCCUCACAGAAUUCUGCGGCGCAAAUACAACGUCCAGUGGUGGGCCGAAAUACCAUCCAGAUGAUGACAUCGAUUACGAGGAAUUUCGCAAAUUCCUGAACACCUAUCUCGAGGUGUCGAGCCCCGACGAACUUUCACGGCACCUUUUCCUAUCGUUCGUCAAAAGGGUGCCACGGGGAGUCGAUGGGAAAGCUUUCAAGGAAAUGGCCGUGUUAUCGUCGACGACUGCCUGUGCCGCCAUUACGUCUCACACGACAUCGAGCAGUAACGUGAACAGCACUGGUCUUCCUGGUGGAACGUCGUCGGAAGGACACGGUUCCUUUUUAGCCGAAAAAAUCCACGGGAUCACGGAGAAGCUGCAAGCUUUGGGACACCAUAAAACGGAAAGCGAAACCUCUACCAGGGCACGCACAGGAAGCGUCCAUCCCAUAUUGACGAUACAGCACACCUCGUACAGCUGCCACGACGUGAUCGAGAAGAAGAGCACGGACAGCAGCCCCAGUCACAGCCAAAUGUCGCGGAAUUCGUCCAGGAAGUCGAACAAUUCGUUGCUCGUCAACAACGGGAAAUUGGAAGAGAUGAGACACCUGGUCAGAAAGCAGAGCACGAUAGACGUACACUCGGUUAAAGUCAGCCUCAAGGAUAUCGUGUGCUAUCUCUCCCUACUGGAAGCUGGCAGGCCAGAAGAUAAAUUGGAGUUCAUGUUCCGGCUGUACGAUACAGAUGGAAACGGUGUUCUUGAUACCAACGAGAUGGACUGCAUUGUCAAUCAAAUGAUGAAUGUCGCCGAGUAUCUCGGGUGGGACGUCACGGAAUUGAAACCGAUACUGCAAGACAUGAUGGUAGAAAUAGACUACGACGCGGAUGGUACGGUAUCUCUAGAGGAGUGGAAAAGGGGUGGUCUUACGACGAUCCCGCUACUGGUGCUUUUGGGCCUGGAUUCUCACGUAAAGGAAGACGGGAAUCAUCUCUGGAGGCUAAAACACUUUAGCAAGCCCGCUUACUGCAAUCUCUGUUUGAAUAUGUUGGUCGGUCUCGGCAAGAAGGGUCUUUGUUGUGUUUUCUGCAAGUACACAGUUCAUGAAAGGUGCGUUCAAAGAGCGCCAGCCUCCUGUAUAGCUACUUAUGUAAAAAGCAAGAAGACGUCGCAGACGAUGGCACACCAUUGGGUCGAAGGAAAUUGUCACGGGAAAUGUUUCAAAUGCAGGAAAACAAUCAAAAGUUAUAAUGGGAUCACAGGCUUACACUGCAGAUGGUGUCAACUGACACUGCAUAACAGAUGCGUCUCACAAGUAAGGGCAGAGUGUACGCUCGGUGAAUACGCAGUUCAUAUCCUUCCACCUACAGCGAUUUGUCCGGUUGUCUUGGAUAGACAAAGGUCAUUGUCCAGGGAUAGUAAAAGAGGAAGCAAACAUGGACAGGAAUCGUCGACUGCUAGCACUAGUGGAUUCCUAACAUCUGGUACCGCUACUAAUCAACAACCGGCUAUGUCCUUCCAAAUCACACCGCCACCGGGGAGUAUGCCGCUUCUAGUGUUCAUAAAUCCAAAAUCCGGAGGGAGGCAAGGCGAACGGAUGUUGAGGAAGUUCCAAUACAUCUUGAACCCGCGCCAAGUUCAUAAUCUGGCUGUGGGCGGACCUAUGCAGGGUUUGCAAAUGUUCAAGGACGUGGAAAACUUUAAGGUGAUCUGCUGCGGCGGUGAUGGUACCGUUGGUUGGGUCUUAGAGACAAUGGAUCGUGUUCACUUCGACCAUCAACCCGCUGUGGGUGUCAUACCAUUAGGUACAGGCAACGAUCUUGCAAGAUGUUUGCGAUGGGGUGGUGGUUAUGAAGGGGAAGCUAUUCACAAAGUUCUCAAAAAAAUAGAGAAAGCAACGUCUGUAAUGAUGGACCGCUGGCAAAUAGAAGUACUUGACCAGAAAGAUGAGGAAAAACCAAAUCAAGAUAGCAUACCGUACAAUAUUAUUAACAAUUACUUCUCGGUGGGCGUCGACGCUGCGAUCUGUGUGAAAUUUCACAUGGAAAGGGAAAAGAACCCUGAAAAAUUCAACAGUAGAAUGAAAAACAAACUUUGGUACUUUGAGUACGCGACCACAGAACAAUUUGCUGCCAGCUGUAAAAAUCUUCACGAAGAUCUCGAGAUCAUUUGUGAUGGAACUCCAUUGGAUUUAGCACAUGGACCUUCCCUUCAAGGUGUCGCAUUAUUAAACAUUCCUUUUACUCAUGGAGGUUCCAACCUCUGGGGUGAACACCAUACGAGACAUCGUCUUGGUAAACGAAAGAAACGACCGGACAAAGAACUCAGCACCAGCAGUUUCAAUUCCGUAGAUCUCACAGCCGCAAUACAAGAUAUUGGGGAUAAUCUCAUAGAAGUGAUCGGUUUAGAGAACUGUUUACACAUGGGUCAAGUGAAAACUGGACUUCGUCAUUCCGGUAGGAGAUUGGCUCAGUGUAGUAGCGUCACUAUUACCACUAGCAAGCGUUUUCCAAUGCAAAUCGAUGGUGAACCAUGGAUGCAAGGUCCAUGCACUAUUCAUAUAACGCAUAAAAAUCAAGUACCAAUGUUGAUGGCACCUCCACCAGAGAAGGGUCGUGGUUUCUUCCGUUUCUUAAAGAGGUGAACUUCAACUUUAUCAAAUGGCGGAACUGAAAAAUUGAAAUAAACAACUCAGUUUCCAAUCAGAACGUAGUCUCAACAUCAU